UGGAUUCCCAGGAUCCGGAAGUUAGCGGCAAAUCGAGGCUUUCUGAACUGCAGGGGAUGCUGGGAGGAAGUUGCCACUAUCCAAGAUGGCGUCGUCUUUAUCAGAUGAAGAGUUUUCUCGAAUGCAGACACAGCUUAUUGAACUGCGCACCUUGAACUACGAAUUAGAAGGCAAUUGUCAGCGACAUCAGGCUGAACUUGAUCAGCUUCAAGAAAAAUAUGUUAAUCAGGAAAAAGAACUUCAGAAGGCUAACAAGAUUAUAAACAAAAGCAAAAACAGAAAGGAAUAUGCUGUUCUUUUGGAGGAAAAUGAAAAUUUGCAGAGACAAUUUCAGGCACAAGAGGAAAAUUUCAAAUUACAAAACCAAACUCUUCUUGAGGAAAUAAGCAAGCUGAAUGAUGAUAAUGAAAAACUUCAGAGGCAAGUAACUGCAAAAGAAGGUGGCCAUGAUUUAGGAGCUGAUACAGAAAUAAGAAGACUUCGAGCUGAAAAUGCUGCUCUUCAAAAAAGUUUAACAAAUUCUCAACAGAGGCAUGAAGAAGAACUAUUACAGCUGCAAGAAAAGCUUCAGUCUUUGUCUGACGGACAUGGUGACAGCUAUCAGUCAGAGUUACAAAGUGAUGGUACUCCUGAUAAUGCGGAUUUUUCCAAGAAUGGAGAAAAGCAAGAUUCUGACAGUGGUCAAACGCUUGACAAAAGUGAGCAGUUAGAGACAUCAAAAGAGAAACUACGUGAAAUUUUAAACAGGGAAUUGUCAGUAUUUUGUGAGAAAAUGUGCAGUAGUAGAACUGGUGAUGUUUCUAAGGAACAAGAAACAAAUGAGAGACAUGAAGUGGCAGAAGGCUUUGAGGGAAAUGCAGAACAUGAGGAUAACACUGAAACAGACAGCAAAGAAUCUACUGCUAAUCACAAAUCAGGCAAUGAAACAAUUGCAGAAGAAAUAGAUAAUAUGAAGAGAAAACUCACUGAUGAUUUGAUUGGUGUUCUUUGUUCAAAUGAAGAUGUGCUAAAUAGAACAUCAUUAGUACGGAGCCCGCCAAGAGAACGCCGUCAAGAGGUUGAAAUUAGAAGUGUGACUCUGGAGAAACAAGUUAAGGAAAUGGCAGGGCUCCAGCUACAACUUGACACAGAACGGGAGGAGAAGAGGCUCCUUCAAGAACAGCUACAAAAAGCCGAGACAUCAAGCAAACUCGAAAUUACAAGGCUCGAACAAGAACUGGCCAAACUGACAGAGAAAGUAAAGCGAAAACAGGAAAGUUAUCUUCAGCUUCAAGAAGAGAAGGAGAAACUCUACUCAGAAAACAAGUAAGAUCAACCUGUAACUUCACCUUACAACUUCAAUAAAUCAUCUGGUAGACAGGUGUUGAGAAGAAAGAAACCAAUCCACUUGGUGUUAUUGUCUUGAUGCAGAGCCAAAUUCUCAAAGCCAGCAUUGAUAGCAAUCUACGGCAAACGAUUACGAGAAUUAUAAUUUUUAUCGCGGGAGUUCAACGACUUUGGCUGCGUAAUAACGAAUAUUUUUGGAAGUAUUUAAUGUCACGAUUUUGGAAAAUUACAUUUUGGGAUA